UGGCAACACUGUUUGUGUGUGUGAGUCGUGAGACUGUGAGUGAUGUUCGAACUGUCCGCCAUUGGAAUUUCUUAGCCAAGAAUUGAAAUAGGGUUGAAUUCUAAAUCGGCGAAAAUCUAAAUCAUCCCCUAUUCAUUACCCAAAGUAUUUAGCCAUAUUUCGUGCACAAACAAUAUAUCCAAUGGCAGACAGAGACACAGAUGAGUUAAACAUCGAUAAUGUAAUAAAAAAAUUAUUAAAAGUACGAGGCGAGAAGCCUGGUAUGAAUGUACAGUUAACGGAAAUCGAGAUUAAAGGGCUAUGCUUGAAAUCACGAGAAAUAUUCCUUUCACAGCCGAUAUUACUUGAAUUGGAAGCACCGUUAAAAAUAUGCGGUGACAUCCAUGGUCAAUACUAUGACCUGUUAAGGCUGUUUGAAUAUGGCGGCUUCCCACCAGAGUCUAAUUAUUUGUUCCUCGGAGACUAUGUUGAUCGUGGGAAACAGUCGUUAGAGACUAUAUGUUUGCUACUGGCAUACAAGAUUAAGUAUCCAGAGAACUUCUUCUUACUACGAGGGAAUCAUGAGUGUGCUAGCAUUAAUAGGAUUUAUGGGUUCUACGAUGAAUGCAAAAGGAGGUACAACAUCAAGUUAUGGAAAACUUUCACGGACUGCUUUAACUGCUUACCAGUUGCUGCGAUAGUUGACGAGAAAAUCUUCUGUUGCCACGGCGGUCUGUCACCGGACCUGCAGGCGAUGGAGCAGAUCCGACGGAUCAUGCGGCCCACCGACGUGCCCGACCAGGGCCUGCUGUGCGACCUGCUGUGGUCGGACCCUGACAAGGACACGGCCGGCUGGGGCGAGAACGACCGCGGGGUCAGCUUCACAUUCGGCGCCGAGGUGGUGGGCAAGUUCCUGUCGAAGCACGAGUUCGACCUGAUCUGCCGCGCGCACCAGGUGGUGGAGGACGGCUACGAGUUCUUCGCCAAGCGCCAGCUCGUCACGCUGUUCUCCGCGCCCAACUACUGCGGCGAGUUCGAUAACGCAGGCGCGCUGAUGUCAGUGGACGAGACGCUGAUGUGCUCGUUCCAGAUCCUGAAGCCGGCCGACAAGCGCAAGCUGUACUCCGGCCUCAACAUGGGCCGCCCCAACACGCCGCCGCGUGCGCAGCCCAAGAACAAGAAGAAAGAUAUAAUAUGAGAGCAGCAAAUAUUAAGUUAAACGCCCCAGACCGCCGCCAUCGCUUCGGAAGUCGACGACUUGCAUGGAUUCCCACGUUAACUGUUAUAAACCCUUCUAUUCACUUGAAUUGUAUUGACAGCCUUUGUAUUUAACACAAUUGAUUUUCAUACGCGGGAAAAUUGUGUACCGCUUCAUCACUUUUUAUGUUAAGUACUUGGGAAUGGGAUGUCCUUAUAUUAUGUAUCGGCAUAAAACUUACUAUGAAAGUAAAGUUUUCUGAGGGCGCCGUUACAUGUUACACUUGUAUAUAGCAUAGGUUUUGUUGGUUGUAUGGAAUUCCAUGGCUACGAUAAAUUCGUCACACAGAACGUUUCACGAUUCGUCAAAGAAAGAAUAAUAUAUUUGCCGAUUUAAAUAGGGUUAUUUAAAACUGAAGUUACACCUUAACAACUUGUGCAGUUUGGACAUUAGUAAUAUUGAAUAUGAAAAACGUAGUCUGUAGCUGGGAUUGAUUUAUAUUAUUAUUGUAAUUUUUUGUACUUAUAUUAUACUUAUGAAUAUAUUUGUCACACCUAUAAAUUAGAUGGUUAAUAUUUUUUUAUAGAAUUUCAAAGGCUGUCAAUUUUUUUGUAGUUUGUAUUAAUGGAUUUAAAUAAUUGUAUAAUGAAAUCAUGAAUUAGGAAACCAUAUUCUUGCUCUCUGAAAUGUCACAGGAAUUUAAAAUUUCAUGUCACUAAAUUAUUAAGUCAAUAUUAGGAGGACUGCAUCGCAAAUGCAAAUCCGCCUGUAAAAUUUUUCAUACAUUUUCUAUGGCUUGAUCAUUUUUGUUUUUUCGCGUCAAUUUUUUCGGCCGUCUAUAUAAAUACAAGCAUUUUCUUUUGUAUUAUUACAUUUUUAUUUAUUUUAAUUUAUCGCUGUAACAUUUAAUUUUAGCUUGAAGGGCAAUCGGUGGUUUAAAUUUUCAACUCAAAAUGAAUUUAAGCGCACAAACAAAAAAUAUUUUCCUAAUAAAUUCACAGAAUUGAUCUCUGUGUCACUUACCUUUGCGGUCAAGGGGCGGGGCUAGGACAAGACAAGGACUCACUAAAUUACUAACACGAACGAACUAUUGUAUCAGAAUCCGGUUUUUAAAAGAUUGAUAUCAUAAAGAAAAGAUAAAAUUUUCAACAGGCGGAUUUAUAACAACUUUGCGUUGUAGCUCGUUUUAAAGGUGGGUCCACACCUGAUCUUUUUGGUGAUCACGAUCCCAGUCAUUGUAUCAAGCAUAAGCAUAUCUUAAGUUUGGACGCUCAUUUUAACUACACCGUAUCACUAGUCCGAUCGUCAGUUCAUGCUAAUAAGUCAGCCCAAUUACCGAUUACGAUCGCGUUACGGCUAGGCAACAGGGAUGUGAUCGCCGAAAAGAUCAAAAUACCCUCCCAUUAGGCCAACAUGAUCAUUUGGCGAACUCGAUCAUAGUAUCCGUAUCGCUAUUCACUAUAUCGUCGGUCGUAUCUAGUUGCGGACGCUUGGGUCUUUUCCGUAGCAUAUCGCCGAUUUUUUAUUGUUUUCGCGGCACUACUACAAGACGGAACUAAUCACAUAGGCGCGCGUGUGAUUUGAAAGGCGGAUCUAGGCAUCGUAUCGUAUCAAAGCGAUGUAUUGCGAAACACCACCCGUCCACAUGCGAUCAUUGUACGCAUACGGAUACGGUGAUCGGCUCGAGCAAAUGAUUAAAUGUGAGGCUUAAGGUGCGAGGAUAUUAUUUGCUCGCACGAUCAAAAUUUGCUGAACAACUGUGUUCUGUCGACGUGAAUUUUGGAGACUAAAAACUUACCAUACUAUUGACUUAUUGCUGUGGCAAAUGCGUUUCAAGCAAGAAAUCACGUAUCAGGCUGAGAGCGCACCAUGAUUUUUUUUUUCCAAGUUCCCUAUUCUGAUUCUUCAUAUUUAUUGUCCAUACAAAAUAGUACUUUACAAAUUAAGAACUUGCUUACAGCAUAAUAGACAACUGUUAGCGAUUAUAUACGUCGCCUGACCAAAGCUGUACAGUUUUUCUGCUAAAAAUCAAUAUACUACCUAUUCUUUACGCUAAUGUUAGUAUCUCAGUAUUAGGAUACUCAUAAUAAUAAAGCUGGUGCGCGCUUAGCCUAAAUGCAAAGUUGAACCAUAAUUGCAUCAAAAUUGUUCAUCUCAGAAUUACUUAAAUGGAGGGUAGUUUUAAUUUCUUAAUUUUUUAUAAGCUGCCAGUGUUGCAUGUAAAAACAAUAUUUUUUUAUUUUCUAUUCAUAAUAAUAAUUAUGGGGAGUGAAAGAAGCGUUAAUGUAUAACGGUAUGAUUGUCUAGUAUGUAUCCGUUGUAUGCUUGGUCGUAUGUCUGUUUCUACGCUUGUGUCGUAAUCAAUAUCCAAUAUUUUAAGGCGCUGCGAGGUUUCGGUAUCACAUGGAAUCAUUUUUAUGUCCUAAAUAGGGGCAUGUGGUAAAUUUCGGCGCGCGGCAAUUCACGUGAUAAAUCUAGCGAAUAUUUUGCCUCGGUUCGAUUGUGCCCUAAGUUAAAGUUGCCAAUUUCAACGUCAACCAGGCAAUGUCGCGAAAGCGCGUAAAAAAACGCGCGCGGACGUUGUUCGUGCAGAUAACAGUUCUAUAGGACACACUGCUAGAUUUGUCGCGCUAGGACUACAUUUGUAGUAAACGCCACAAAAUCGACGCGUAUAAACUUUGUAUCGCUGUUAGCUAUGUGUUCACAUUUAACGUCUAUGUUCACAUUAAAUAAUUCAAACUGGACAAAAAUAUGUAGGUAUAUAUUCACCUGAAAUUCAAACUACAUAAUGAUCAUUCCUACUUAUUAGUAAUUUUUUAUUACGUAGAAAAUUGCGCGUGAAAAUGUAAUUUAAUUGAGAACUUCGGUAACAGACAUACAACUGGAGUUAAUUUUGUACGGAACGUCUACUUUAAAAAAAAUACUUAAUCGGUGAAUAUACACAAACGAAAUAUUGUAAUAUCUACUUAUUUCUUUGCCAAUUCAAAAAAAAACCGGCAAAACUGCGACUUGAGAUAUCCGCGUCAAAAGUUUACUGUAAACCUAUGGCGUAGUUUGUUUGUUUGUGGCGUGUUAUACCGAAAUCCCGCAGAAUUUAAUGACUUUGAGGAAAAAUUUUAAUGAUAAAAUAUUGAAAGUAAUUAAUAAUUUGAUUAUAAAUGAUAAGUAGUAAGCGUAAUAAGCUAAGGUCCUUUUUAAGGCCGUCCCUAAAAAUGGUACCAUUCAUUUAUAACGUCAUAUUUAAUUUCAAACUAUCUAGCUUACCACAAAAACUUAUAUCCGGUUUAACGAACUUCGGACGCGUUUAGCCACACAAACGCACGUGUUUAUUUAAAUCUUGUUUAAGUUUUUGUGGUGAAACCCUAAUGUUGAACAUCCUAAGACAUUGUGUGCACAGCGCACAUACAAAUUAAAUUAAUAACCAUGCUAAAUGAUUAUUUAUUUGGUUUAACAACCAUAAAAUGACACGUAUGUCAAUAAUAAAUAAUUAGGAAUGUCUUUAACGAUAAAUUACUGUUUUUUGUAUAAACAAAAUAUAAAUCUGAAACUGCAUAAAACACUCUUCUGAAUAAGAUACAUUCAGCAUACGGCCGUUACAGUUCAAAUCCUGAAAAAGGAGUUUGUGAGUUAUCGAUAGAAAAGGGGAAUUAAAAAAAUGGGUUUCUAAAUAAGCUUGCUAUAUAGGACCAAACUAUAAACCUUGGUUCUAUUUAGCGAACUUUUUAGAAACUUCAGUUAUUAAGAACCCUAUUUUUUUUUUUUUUGGGAAAAAGGACGGACCCAAAAGCCUCUUUAUAGAGAGAGGCUUUUAAAGGGUAGGGGUAUUUUUUUGCAUACAUCAAAGAGGGUCGUUAUUUAAUGUUAUGACGUUAUAAUUGGAAGGGCCGCUGGACGCGUGGUAGUGAUGCUUUGUGCGUUCACGAUUUAGCGUGCUGACGUUACCCGCUUUCGUUAGAUUUUAAUUUGAUUGAUUCAAACGAAGCUGCUUACAACACGGAUCAUCUGUUUUACUUUUCUGUCUUUACUUGUUUUAUCUUUGUACGGGAAAUAUUUUCUUAUAUCAACUCUGAUGCUGUGAAACUCUUAUUCUGACUUUUAAAUUGAUAUAAGUGCAAAUUAGAGGCUUGUUUAAUUUUAAAAUAUGAGUUAGUUUCAUAACGAAUUCGGUAUUAGGAAAUAUUUGACAUUUAUUGCAGCUGAGCAUUUUAGAAGCGACUUGCUAAUGCGACCUCUUGGUCAUAAUGUAAAUCAUCCUUGAUUUGAUUCUGCAUGAUUGAAAAAGAACAAGUUUGAAUACAUAUAUUCACGGUGACUAAUGGUCAUAAUAAUUAAUAUAGUCCGCACAAAACGACUUCUCAAGCGCCAUUAAUCUCUCACUAACUACUAAAAUCGUACCUUUGACAUGAUGUUUGACAUAUAAAGUGAAAAUGGCGCGUGAGAAGUCAUUUUUACGCAUUCUAAGUACUUCUGUCAAAACAUUUUGAAGCGAAGCUACUUAUUUUUUUAAAUUAAAUGCAAUGAGCAUGCAUUUAAUUUUUAACUAAAUGAUAGUUGGCAUUGGGUAGAUUAACUUUUUUAAUAUUGUUUUGACAUUUUUAUACAAAAUUUAUAAAAUAUGUCAAAACAAUAUUGAAACAUUACUAUAAAUUGAUUAUUAUUAAUUUAGGCCAUAAUAAGUCACCGUGUAUUAUGUUAAUCACAUGGUCACGCCAUCAUUAGAUUUUAGUUCACGCUUGUAAAUUAUAUCAAUUUUCUUUACUUUUUAGGUAACAAUGCGGGAACCUAGUAAAUGAAAACUGAAGUUUAAAUGCUGCUUAAUUUUGUUAAGUUACAUCGUAAUUUACGCCUAAUAUUCUGUUUUAUAAUUUUAAGUUGCUCGACAAAGAUGGUCCGUGUGUCCUCGUCUAUAGUAUGCCAUGUCAAAAAUAUUAACGCGGGGAACAGUAUUUUAAUUCAAUUAUUUAUUUCCUGUAAUUCGCUAUGAACCAGACUGAACUGCAUCCAGUGGCUUCGGCCAACUUGAAUCACUUUAUUGAUGUAUGAACAAGAGAAUUGUAUAUUAAUUUCAUAAAUAAAAAUACUUUCUGAAUA